AUUUGUCCACCGUGCAUGUGGACAAAGUCAACCACUGUCUUGUAUCCGAGGCUUGUUUUAAGUUGCCUGCGAUCUCUUAAUGACUCAGGCAGCUAAAGCAAGUCUGGGAGGCCAGAGACAACACGACAGAAACACACAAAGACAUUCAAGGUGAUGACAACGUGCGUCCUUGUCAAUGACCCCACAGAAAAUCUUCUGAAGGAAAGUAAAAGCCCCUCUUGGACCCCCAUCAACACAGGCGUGCAAAAAGGAAGUGGACAAAUCCAGUUAUGGCAGUUUCUCCUGGAGCUGCUUUCCGACAGCGCCAAUAUGACCUGCAUCGCCUGGGAGGGAACGAAUGGAGAGUUUAAACUGAUAGACCCGGACGAAGUGGCCAGACGGUGGGGGGAACGCAAGAGUAAACCGAACAUGAACUACGACAAACUGAGCCGAGCUCUGCGCUAUUACUACGACAAAAACAUCAUGACCAAGGUGCACGGAAAGCGCUACGCGUACAAAUUUGACUUUAACGGUUUGGCGCAAGUGUGCCAGCCCUCCUCGACCGAACAAGCUAUUUAUAAGUUCCAGAGCAACUUCGCUCCCAUUCAGUUUUCAGGUAUUUCCAAACUCAAUCUGGUUGCUCCGGGUGUUGGUCCGUCGGGCUUCUCCUACUGGCCGGGAUCUCCUCCAACCCUCUACCACAGCCACAACCUGCAGCCGCCUGGACCCUUCGGUGCCGUGUCUGCGUCACAUUUAAGCUGCGUUAACAAUAUAAAUAGUUUAAAUAACCUCAAUAAUAUUAAUAACCACUAUAACUGACUUUCCCCCAUCUGCCUCAGGAGCGCGCGCUGACAGACUAGCCUACACAAGAGUAAUAUGUAAAAGUUCAACUAGCUGAUUUCAGAACACGUAGACUAAUAUAGUUCAGUGACAAGUAAGAAUCAAAAUAAAUAGGGUUUAAUUAUUUUAUCACAUUGCCAAGAACAGUUUGGGCAUAGCAUUUGGUGGACUUCAGGAUCAGAAAACAUUUAGCGCCAUCUUAUGGAUAAACAAACACUGUUGCGACAAAUUAAUCAUAUUCAGCUGAGGAACACAAACACGUUUUGCUUGAUCUCCAUACAUUCAUGGUAAAAAAUACAGCUAGAAAAUCAACGCAAUGAUGCAGGAACGGCUACAUGGUGAGAACAAAUUGUAAGCAAAAACGUGUGUUCGCUAUGCUUGCAAUCGAGAAUAUUAUUCACAUGUGAAGUAGACUAAUUAAGCGUUUUAUUUAUUUAUUUUUAUUUUGCUAUUUAUUUAGACCAAUAUUAGUGAAAUAAUGGACACUGUCUGAACAUCGGCAAUACACUUAAAAAAUUGUAUAUUCUGAUCAAUUGUAAAGAAUAAUUUUGUUUUUUUCGUGAUUCACGAGAAUCACCAGUCGGUGUUCUCUUUUGCUUGUGAUAACAUAUUAAAAUCGUUGUUGUAAUAUC